AUGACUGCCCACUGUCAAACAUUCACCGCACAUGGCGGUCCAACAGCCAAUAUCAAUAACCAAAGUCAGCUAAUGAUCGCAAUACCGCCUCGCGCUGCUGAACCAGUCCCAAAUUGCUCACAAUCCCGUGCGCGGGAGACUAGCUCCUGCCUCGUCAAUAGCGUGGCCCGUAAAGACUCACAUCGCACGUUCAGCCCAGCCUGCUACGUCAUGAUGGACCAGCAAUCGAACCAUGGCGCUUCGCAUCGAUCAAGUCCGCUUGCGUACGCUUGCGGUUGCCACCGCCAGCCCGCCUCAGCCUGCCCACACGGCUCCCACGCGACAUGUCAGAGUGGUGGUGGCCUUUCCGAAUGCAGCGAGAUGCCCAUGCCAAAAGCAAGGCCGUCGUACAAGCGCCGCGUUUAUCUCCUUACCUCACCAAUUGCCGUAGCGGCGACGCUACCGGUGUUGGAACGUCAGGAAAUGAAGGAUACUUAUGUUUUCAAGUUCUGGACUGUAUUUCCAUGCAUGACCGUUCAGCCGUCGUCUCAUUCGCUCAAAACGUCCUUGGACCUAGUAAGGGGUCUAGUAAGGGGUCAAGGACGACGGUGGAAUCCUUCCAGAUUAUCUGUGAUGCUGGCUUCGAUCUUCAGUCCUGAACCCAGACGAUGCGGUCCGCUAGUCCUGCCACAUCACUCGGCAGAGCUCAAACCGCCAAGCUGA